UGGCCUUUACUGUUUUUCAUUUGCAGAAUGGAAACUCUUAAGAGGCACUUGCCAGCAGGUGGCUGCGAUGGACUGUCUGAACUCAGGAAAAUUGCUGCAAGAUUUGAAGAGAAGAUCUUUACUAGUGCUGAGAACCAGGCAGAUUAUUUGAGGAAAAUAUCUCUAAAGAUGCUUAUUAUGGAGACAAAAUCUGCCAUAGAGAAUUCUAUGGCAUCAAACCCUACUGGAGAAAACCAGAAUAUGCAAGAUCAAGGUGAACAUUUGUGAAGCAUAGGAAAUUGUUUGCUUAUAUGCAAAAAAUAGUGUUGCUAUAUAUAUAUAUAUAUAUGUAUAGGAAAAUGCUAAGAUUAGCCCAGUAGCUCAUAUGAACAU